AUGACAUACCUAUCGACUAGGUUAGAUGGGGCGGCUCCGCACAUGCUCCAGAGAGAGGCUUGGGUUAUCGUCCAAAGGGAAUCCUUUGCUGAUGAACUUUCUGCACUGACGAGUGGGAAGAAUGUGGAUCGUACAUCCCGAAUUAACAUGUUGGACCCUAUCAUCGAUGAGGAUACCGGAUUAAUGGAGCAGAAAACUCCAGUUAUUUUAGAACCAAACCAUCCUAUCACGAAGUUAAUCAUUAAGAAGACUGAUGAGAAUCUUCAUCAUCCUGGUAGCGAAAGGGUUCUCGCUGAAUUGAGACGACGAGUAUGGAUCCUGCGCGGCCGAGAAGUAAUCCGUGGUAUCCAGCGUCAAUGUCAAUCCUGUCAAAAGUGGAGAGCAAAGACUAUUGUUCCAAAGAUGAAUGAUUUGCCACCAGAGAGAUUACGUCUAAACAAACCAGUUUUUUAUUCUACAGGAGUCGACUGUUUUGGGCCAAUUCGGAUAAAUGUUGGUCGUCGCAUAGAGAAACGAUGGGGCAUUGUUUACAAGUGUUUGACUGUAGGAGCAAAACAUCUGGAACUACUUGAUAGCAUGGAUGCAGAAGCGUUCCUACUGUACUUUCGCCGAUUAAUAAGCUGA